ACAGAAAGCACAUCAACUCUUGUCGGAUCUACGCCAUCUAUAGAUGCAAACUUUGAUUCUGAGCGUCCCCAAAAAAACUCUUUGAUCACCUGCCCUGAGGCUUCCCCAACUAGCAUUUCGAACACAUCCCGCUUGACCAGAGGCUGCGACAAAGACGACAAAUUUGAUAAUCAAUCUCACCCUCUCUCAUUGGCACAGCAGAUUUCUCAGCGUCUGAUCAGCUGUAAGCCCUGGUUGCCGCCAUCGCGUGAUGAAAUCGAGACGGUCUUCACUUAUGUAUGGCUUUCUGCCUGCUGGCGUGCCCCAUGUUUCAGUGAUGUCUCAGAAAAGAAGAGUGUUGUUAAUUACUCUCUACACAAUUAUAUUCUUCAUAGCUUUUAG